AUGGCUAACAUCGUGCGGACUGGCACGCCGGAUCAGACCCCUCGGAAGAAAGCCAGUGGGACGGAAGCCAAGAAGAACAUCAAAGCCUUGGCUGUUGAAAGUGGGCUCUCAAAGGAUAUUGCCUCUGAGACAUCUCCCUCCAAGGGCAAGUCUGUGGUGCAGUUGCAGGAGGAGGAUUUCCCAGCGUUGGGAAAUGUCCCACAGCCUGCGACCCCAGCAAAGUCUGCGGCUGCGACUCCAAAGAUCGCCCCGGCGAGCAUCAAGAAGCCUCAACCAGAGGCCGCGACCCCGGCUUCAGGGCUGUCUCCCGUGCUGGCUGCUGAAGCGGCGCCCAAAGCUACCAAAGCUGCGGAAAAGAAACCCGUACCGGGCAUCUUGAACAUUGCCGCCGCUACCAGCGCAGCUCAGCCGAACCAACCAGAGACGACCAUCACGGAGCAAUCAGACGUCUCGGCCUUCCCAGCCCUGCCAACACCGACAACUGCUAGUGUGGCAUCGCCUAUCGCGAGGACAGCGCCCAAGACUUUGCGCGUUGUACCGACGCCCAAAGCCGAAGUGCCUCCAGCGUUACCAUCUGGCGCCGCGUUUUCUGCAGCCGCCAGAGCUGUGUCGUCCGCGUCUGGACGUCCUGGAACCCCGGCUAGCGAAAUCAUUAGCGAUAGUGCCUCUAUUGUCUCCGCGUCCGUGUCUGCUUCGCGCACCAGCUCACCACCUCCUACCAGAGUGGGAACUGCACCUGUUCGCAACACAACAAAGAGUCAGCAGCGCAAGCAGCGGAAGGAGGCCCACAAGGAGCAGUCUGCUUCGAUUACUGUUACGCCUAAAGUUGUGGAGACUGAAGAGCAAGCCCCCAUCCUCGGACGCAAGAAGAAGCAGAAGAAGGAGAAGCCAGUCACCGCAGCCCCAACGCCAGUCAAGAAAGCCGUCGAGCGUGUCGCAACUCCGCCCCCUCCUCCCAAGCCCAUCGUCGAGAGAACGGUGGUGGACCUGCCCCCUCCCAAAGGCAAGGCUGCCAAGCAAGCUGCCAAGAUGGCAAAGGCAGCGGAGGAGAAGGGCAAGAGUAAGGAAGGCACACCAACAACGCCUACUCCGACGCCUCCUGCGCCCACAGCUGUUGCUGUACCCGAGGAACCUCAGGAUAUUGCAGACAACCCAAGCACCUGGCCCGAAAAUGUCUACCAUGCCUUGCAUGAAGCAGGCGAGGUUCCUACCGCGGAACUACUUGCCCUGCUCAAGCCUUUCCUCGACUCUCACUCUCGCUUUGACAGGCCUUCUGCUGCAACCCUGAGCAACAACCCACCUCCUUCGGCUACGACCAAGAAUAUGGUGUCCGAGGCAGACCAUGCUGUCCUACUUACAGGUCAGCCGGUGCGCAAGGUGAUGGAAGGUCAGCGUGUACUCAUCACGCCCAAUGGAGAUUGUCUGAGAAAUCUCACCGAAGAGGAAGAAGGCAGAUAUCUUGCGCUCCAAAAGUCUGUGGCAGUUGGCAGUGAUCAGCCCGACAGCUUUGUUGCGCCCCGCCACCAGGCCCGUCCGGGUGGCUUCUCCCUGAUCAAGGGCAGAGCGGUACCCAACGGUCCCCCAUCCUAUUUCCCACCCUCGCCCAACGCACAAAAGAUGUUCUCCGAUGACCCUGUCAAUAAGAUUCAGCGUGAGGAGGCCAUCAGCUACAUCAACCAGUUUGUUCUCCCGCGUCUCAACUUGGGUAACACCAACUUGUUCCCGGGCAGCUGGAAAUCUGCACCUGGUGCUAAGGACGCCUUGUCUGCACGAGAGACUGCCGCCGCCAGCCUGAACUCUCUCGCCCCGUACAUCUAUGGUCAUGACGCAGCUGCGGGUGCGGGCAUCUACUCCGCCGAAAGCGGUGGCUCAGGCAAGGACAUUCCCGAGGACGAGACACCCUUUGGAGGGCUGGACUCGCCACAGCACCAGCAGGGUAACGAGGGCUUCGUCACCGACGCCUCCCCUUCGACCAUGGCGGCCGCCGCCGCACAGGUGGACGCCCAGCAGAGAACUGGCGCUGUGCACCCCAAGCUGCCUGGCACACCGCUCAAUGCUAUGUCGCUCAUGAGUGUCGAGGAUGCCGAGUCGGCGUUGGGUAUUGCGCGCAAGGAGACGGAAAAGCUGGAGAAGGGGCUCAAUCAGGCCAUGAAGCGUAACCGGAGACUUCUCAUCGGCAGAUGA